AUGUGCUACCACCGCCGCCUCCACUUCAUCCUCUGCAACCACGUCUACGACCUCGAAAUCGUGCGUCCCUGCUCCCUCCCCCCCUCAGCCACUGGGUCGUCCCGCAGCUCUCCAUCAUCAUCGCGUACGGGGGGUUCAGCUUCGUGGGAUCCAGCCUUGACGCCCAGCAUGCCCACCGCGCGCUGCUAUCCGAUGUCACAUCCGUUGACGACGUAUAAAGUGCGCAGGUUGUGCGAGGCGUGUGCUGUGAGGAGGGCGAGGAUGGAUAAGCGGGUUAGAGAGGUUAGGGAGGGGUUAGAGGGGGUGAGGGGGUUGAUGGAGGAGAAGGGGUGGAUGGGAGAGGGGGUUUGA